AUGUUUUCAUAUAUUUGUUGAUAAUUAAAAUUAUUAAACACCAAUAAAUUAGCCAAAAUUACUGUUCAAGAAAUCUAGUUUACAACUUUACACUCACUAAAUUAUCCUAUUCGUUGUCUUAAAAAAAAAAAAUUAUUCUAUUUGUUUAAGUAUCCAAGACUUGGCUUCAAAAAAAAAUAACUAUCCAAGACUCGUGAGAGUGAGGUAUAGCUCGAGUGGUUAUAAGUCUUUUUCAAUUUCAGGUAAUAUAAAGAUCGAUUUUCAUUUAAAAAAAAAAAAUCCAAAGACCUCGUUCAACUAUCCAAAUUCCAUUCCCUCAACUUUCUCUCUCCUACAGUAACAGUAAACCAUGAACUAUCUAUCCAUAUGUUCUAAUUAGGGUUUACAAUUAAUAUCAAUUAACACUAUGUAACUAUGUAGUUGCUUUUUUUCAGGAAAUUACAAGUAUUUUGAUGAGUUGCUGCUAAAAUGACUACUUUAUAUGGGUUGCUGCUAAAUUCUUCCGUUUUGGGUCAUAAAAAUGGAAUCCAAUGCUUUCGUUUCGAUAUCGAUUGUCUACUGAAGCCAAUUCUAGAGACUUGAUUGCUUGUAAUUUUGUACCAAAAUGGAAUUUAAGGUCAGAGAUCAAUUAUUCAAACAAGAGGCAGAUUCGACCUCGGUUUUCGAUGUCUAGGGGAGGAAGUUAUGGAUUAAAGUUUGAUGAUGAGAGUGAUGAGGACCCAUUUUGGGUGCAUUUUUCUAAGGAAACAAUCAGGGCUUUGAAGUCUUUGCUUGCUUUCCUUGCUCAACAACCUGGGCAGCUGAAAUACAUAGAAUGGCCGAGUUUUCAGGACACGCUGCGAACUGCCACCCUCACCCUUGUACUUGUAGCUGGGCUUGUUGUUGCUUUGUCCUCAAUUGAUGCAGCUCUUUCUUAUGUGUUGGCUCUGCUUCUGCGAAAACCUGCAUAAUGCAAACUGUUUUUGGGCUCGACACUAGCUUAAUCACAGAGAAACACUAAACAUAUCUGUAGCUUUGACACAGAUUCAUUGCUUGAUCACAUCAUUUCAUUUUUGAGAGGCUCAUCAUGAUAUAUUUAGAUUUGUAUACAGUGUAGAGUACAGACUAGUCAACUAGGACAAAAGGCUUUGGUAAAAGGAAUGAUAGAAGUUAAGUCUUGUUUGCCUAUUAUUUUGAUUCGUCAUUAUUAUGCAAUUUGGUUUAAUAUCUUAUGGCACAUGAAGUGUGUAGCCUGUGUACUGCCCUUAGUACAGAAGUAUCAUUGAAUGAUGUGUUAAUGUUGUAUUA